AUGAAAGUUACGGUGGUUAAGUUUUUGUUUAUACUUGUCAUCAUUGUGGUAUUUCUCGAAUCGGGGAUCGUACUAGCACACCCGGAAGCGGCGAAAUUCAAGAAACGAUCAAAACGAUCACCACUUCCCCAGGCUAAGAUGGAUAAAAAGUUCGAGAUUCCUCCAGAUUACGUGGUGUGA